AUGGGGAACCUACUGAAAGUUCUGACGUGCACAGAUUUGGAACAGGAGCCCAAUUUCUUCCUCGAUUUUGAAAACGCACAGCCCACAGAGGCGGAGCGGGAGGUGUGGGAGCAGGUGGACGUGGUGCUGAAGGACGCAAAGGGGAUCCUGGACGAGCUGCAGGCCUACAAGGGGGCGGGGCAGGAGAUCAGAGAGGCGAUCCAGAAUCCAAACGAUGAGGCACUACAGGAGCAGGCCUGGGCGGCUGUGGUCCCUUUGGUGGGGAAGCUGAAGAAGUUCUACGAGUUCUCCCAGAGAUUAGCUGGACGGGCCACAGACGCGUCCACAGACUCGUGUGACGCAGCCCAGCGAGCUCCCGGGUUCAGCCUGCCGGAGACGGUGGGGGUGGGGAGGAAGGCUUACCGCUCCCUGAUCUUCUUAUGA